UCACCCCUACAUGAGAGUCUGACAUGGGACAUUCCCAAACAAUCAUGGCGGCCGGGGGUUCCGGAUUUUGGAGUAAACAACAGGGAAAGUCGUAGAAAACCCUCUCUGGUCCGACUUGAGCGGGAAAUGUUGCGAUAGAGAGGAUCUAGAGGUGUCGAAGGUUGGUUUUUGCGGGCUGUCAGGGCGCCAUGGACCGCAGGCAGGCGGCUACGCCGGCGCACAGGGCCCGACUGCGGCGGCUGGUCGGCUCGGACGAAGUGCGCGUGACCGACCGGGAGUUCAUGUCCAACUUACAGCGGAAACUCGAGCAGGAACGGGAGGUGAGGAUGAGGAAAGAAGAACAGGCCCGUGCAAAGUUAGAACUGGAGCGACAAAGACGAGCGCGAAACUGGCACCCCCCUCCCCCGCCCCCUCCUCCUGCACGGGCUGUGUCUGAGGAGGGUGACACCAGACCAGCGCAGACCAGGCGGGCUAAAGUCAACCUGUCACUCGACACCGCUGCUAUCACACCGCGGGAAAGACCAUCAGACAACGGAGAGGGCGGUAACGCUGCUACGACCAACACGGGUACUAGUAGAACCCAGUACAGAUGGGAGGAGGGAGGGGCCAGGCCGAAACGCCGGACGCCAAGCGUUCGGGAAAUCGAGGAGCCAUACUCCGCCCGUCCGCGCCGAUCCUCCCAGUCGGAAAACCGGAACCCGGUGUCGGUCCGCAGGCCGGGCGCGGGAACAAGCCAGGAGUCGUCUGGGUCACCAAGAGUGAUCAGCGGCACCUCGCCGAGAAGGAGUGUCGUUCUGAGGGAAUCGACGGACGCGUCGGCACGAAGACCGCGUGUAGAUUCGCAGGGGGACGCCAGGAGCGAGUCUGACAACAGGAGAGGUGGGAGUAACCAUGACCAGCCGAGGGAGAGACUGUUAGACAGACCCCAGUCUCCCCACAGAACUGUCUUCUACAGGAGCGAGAACACGGCGCCAAGACGUACAUCAAGGAUGCUCGAGACAGACUCCUUAUCGUCAAGACAGGCCCAGGCUUCUUUGAAUACAGCCGUAUCCAGAGCAAGAGGGGACAGUACUAGUGAGUCCCUCCCAAAUGUAGGGAACAGUACAUCUCCCAGAAGACUGGUGACACAAGGGUCUCUGUCUGCCCUGACUGAACGUGUGAAUGCCGUGAACUCUGGAGUGGUGACGAGAAGAACUCCUGUCAAAGCCAGGGAAAUAGCUAGAGACAAUGCUGCAGCACCGAUAGCGGAGGCAGGGGGAGCUGUUGCAACACAGGCCACACAUGCGCCAACAAUAGAAAGAUCGAAUCGUGGCGUCUCCACCAGCCCCAUUGCUGCUACAGCGCCCGUGCCUUCCCAGCAGCCCUCUAGAUCUCUCCUGGGUGCUUCUGCUGCCGUCCCCCCACGUCCCUCCUCCCCCCCUCCCAAACCCCCCUCCAUCCACUCCCUCAGUAGCCAUGGUAACAGUAGCCAUGGUAACGAUGACUCGGAUGUUGAGGAGGACGGUCCGUCCUGCAGGAUCUGUCAGAUGAUGGAGGAGACUGCAGACAACAAGCUGAUAGAGCCGUGUGGCUGCGCUGGCAGUCUCAGGUAUAUCCACAAGGAAUGUCUGAAACGUUGGAUGGAGACUCGCCACAGACAGGGCCACAACGCUCGCAUCUGUGAACUCUGCCACAAGGCUGUUACUAUAGACGUGGGGGCGGACCUCAGGGGGCCGGAUCCUCGACUUAGACUGGAGCAGGCAGAGAGGAACAUGAUGCAGUCAGGGCUGUACAUCCUGAUGUUGCUGCAGCUUUGCGAGCGCCGAUUGAGUCAGCUGGUGGACAUGAUGGAGAACCCGCCACCUCCUGGAGGAGCUCAGGCUGCUGCGGCUGCAGCCGCUGCUGUAGGUGCUGCAGGUGCGAUGGGGGUGGAGCAUCCUCUGGCCGUGGAGCAGCGGCAGUACAUGAUGGACAGGCUCAUGCAGCUCAGGCACGGCAUCGCCCUGCUGACUGCCAUGGAGGUGAACGACAGCAGUGAUGAGGAGGACAAUGAGAGCUACAUGUCCCGCGGCGAGAUCCGCAGAAUGGGCGAGGCCCUGGCACGGGAACGCUCGCAGGCACGGGACAGGAGGGGGAGGGGCGGCGCCGGGGCAGGGAGGGGCGGGGCUGGGCUGUCAUAG